AUGUCUGAUCAGGCCCCCGACUCAAGUGGCCCUGGCCCUGGCCCAUCUUCAUCUUCGUCUCCACUGCCCCCAAUAUCUCCCGAGCCAACAUGGUCUACCUCCGCCAGCGACGCAAUAACCCAGGAUCGACAAAGCCCUCCUAGAUUGGUGUCGUUAACGCUAUCUGAUCAGCUAGUUCUACUGCAAAUCUGCCUUGUUUACAAAUACCUCUACACAGAACGGCGAGGAAAUGCUGAUUAUUGGCAAUGUGUUGCUUCCCACUUUUGGGAUAUCUCAGGCUGGAGCUGGGCUCGUGUAAGAAAUUACGUGCAGCACAACAUCCGACGUUAUCGUGCGGAUCCUCUCAACGUGCGCGACAACCCUGAAGGUCAAAUGAAACAACUCUUGCGGGAAUUCAUUGCCCACAUAGACAGCGUCAACAGGCCGGUCCCUCAAAUUCAAACCCAACGCCCACUCCCACUCCCAUCCUCUUCCUCGCAUCCCCAGCAUACCAUCCAUGGUAAUUCGCCUGUGGACACGUACUCUCGACCUCCUUCUAUGAAAGAUUCCGACCAAGAACUCAUUGCGAAAAGCAAGGAAGCAGCAAUGCGGGGUAACUUUGACGAGGCCAAGUCUCAAUUGCUUCGGAUCUCAAACAAAGCAGUUCUUGAAACACACCUCGAGGAAUUGGACAUGAUCCGCAAAGAUCAAAUCCAAACCAACGAAGACAUCGAAAGACAAGCCAAGGAAGCCGAGUUGAAGGAUGAUUGGCAAACGGCCAAGUCUCUGCUGUCUCGCAUUGUGGGCGAGGAUGGUCCUUUCCUUCUUCUGGCAUUGGAAUACAGUCGAGCACGGAUAGAAUGGGACGUUCCCAAAGCAGAAGAAGCGAUGGGGCAGCUUAAGAGGAAAUACCCCGAUCCACGCCUUGAGCAAGUGGAGCUUGACGAGAAUUAUGUGAAUGCAGAUAUGUCUGGCAACCCGCAGAGGGUCGGUCACUAUCGUGGGUUGCUUCGUGCCAACAAAAGGAAGAUCGGCACCCUCUGGGAAGAACCCGAUGACUUCCGCAAGGUAUUCCAGAUGAUGGCUGAAGAGAUGCGCCAAGCUCGUGACAAGGCUUGGUAUGCGCGCCCAGCUCCAGCUGGUGAGACAGAGCCUCAAUCUCAACCUCAACUUAAGGCACUCAAUAUCGAUGAAGGACUCCGUAUGCUAGAAAGGGCGCGGGCAGAAAUCGAAUCUCAACCGGAUACUACCCAAGAACUCCGGCUGUUGGAAAUGGCACAGACGGCGCUAAUUGAUGGACAUGACAAGGCCAAAGCUCUCCUAUCCCAGGGAUCGAGCGAAGAAUGCCAAGAAGCCCUCCAAGCAUUGGAGCAAAGUGCGUCACAGCUUGUCGCCGACUUUGAGGAGGCUGAGACUUCACUGAUCGCCCAGACUAAGGAGGAUGAGCCAUGUCGAUUGACACCCGAGCACCAAAUGGCAUUGGUGGUUCUUAUGGAAGCCGAGGCAAAAGCGAAUGAAGAGAAGGUCGAAUCUCUACUGGCUCAACUCCCGAGGAAUAGUAGUGAGACCAGGAGCCUCCGCAAGGAAUGGGAUGAAGUGUUUGCCAAGAAGAGCCGCUACCUUGCAACCUGCAGGGCUACACUUCUCGCCGGGGGAAGUUUGGAAGAUGUUGAACCAGAGCAGUAA